ACUUUAUUUAUUUAAGAUCCUAAAGCUCAGAUGAUGUAGUCCACCAUCAUCAUAAAACGACAACUAUGAACACACAGAGCAUGAACUGGUGUAUUUCAAAUUCCAGCAUUAAAUGGGUGAUGAAGUAUAAUUUCAGCUUGUCUUUGUAUUUUUCUUACAAAGUUGGGCCAUGUAGACUUUCUAAAGAUGCCACACCCUCUAACCAACUAAUCUUUCUGUGACUUUUCUCAUAUAUUCUGUCACAGUUACUGGCAUCAUGCCCCAUUUCAUGUUCAUUGCGCCAUAAUGUUUCAUUGCUUUGAUGGUAGAAAUGUAAUCAUUUUUGUCUUAUCUCUCAGGAUUUUAUUGUACCAUUUCAGCCAGCUUUACAAUGUCUAACCUUAACAGUAUCUGUGACGUAGGAUGUCAUGCCCCAGCAUCUGAGAGGUGUGUGUAUGGGCAGUUAAUAAUUGACACACAAUUUUUUCUAUAUUUGCUCUGAAUGGUUGCGAGAAGGAAGUGAGGCUUUUACCGAGUUUAAUUGACAUUGGACAGCUUAAGGGACGCUGCUGGUGUGUUUGUCAGGUUUCUUGGAGACAGGACGAGAGGACCUGCAUAGAGAUCUCAGUCCAUUUCAGAUAAAUCAACUCAAGCGCACACUAAUACACAGAUUCCAUUCAGUUAGGAAGACUGUAUGCUUUACCUGACAAUGGAAGAAGGUAAAAUGGUGUACACUGGACACUAAAAGCUAGUGUAUCAUGCCAUACCUGGCCCACACUGCCCAUGCCCAGUUUGUGGCGUUCUGGGUGGGUGUGAUUGGCUGGAUCCUCACCAUCGUAACAAUCGGCUUGGUGGAGUGGAGGGUGUGGGAGGUAUCCGACCUGUCCAUCAUCACCUCUGGUCUGGCCUGGGUGGGCAUCUGGAGGGUGUGCUUUUUCAGCAAUGUACUUGUCACGUCUGAGUACAAGGUCAUGUACUGCCAGCGGAUGCAACUGACAGACGCUUACAUGCCUAAUGAGAUUGCUGUUGCUCAGGCGCUCAUGUUGCUAGCCUUCAUCUUGGGAUUUUUUGGUCAAUCCAGCAUCAUUUAUGGACUCAGGAACAUCUACUUUGGACUUGAUGAGACCAGAUCUAUCACACUGGCUUUUUCCUUCGGUGGGGGACUUUUGUUACUUGCUGGUGUGGCCUCAUUUAUUCCUCUUUUCUGGAACUUAAGCGCCGUGGUGACUAACCAGACCAUCAAUUUUCCACCUAACUUCAACAUGCCCCCAGCUCCUGAUAAUCAGUAUGUUGGUUCAGGUAUCAUUGUUGGAAUUUUUGCAUCCAUCUUGGUGGUGUUGAGUGGAACAGUGUUCCUGUCCUACAAGCUACCAGAAGGACUGAGCUCCAAAAUCAGACCUUCAAGGACAAAGGAGAACCACUGUGGACUGAGUGAAACUGGGAUGGCAGUGCAUGUAAAAUCCGGACAAAUGGCCGCGCAAGACAGAAAGAAUGACCUAGGUAUUGACAACCUGGCCUUCCAGUCCCAGAAGGAUGGGUGAAUGUAGGUUUUGAUUUUUCAAUCAUGAACUCAUGCUAUGAAUGCUUCAUAAUAUGACCGUGCAUUGAAAUGCUAGUGUUUUUGAAGGGAAGUUGGGUCAGAAUGUUUACAAGACAAACAAUAUUAGUGCAAUUAAAGUGUGUGUCCUUUGGGUAGGACAGUAAUUGGGAAGUUAUUCAUAAACAUCUGAGUCUCUUUUGAUUUGACUCUUGAUGCCAAGGCAACCAACUUAAACAGAUACACAAUCAAAGCUAAUAAUGUCUAAAGUGAACUAUAUUCUUGAACGUAUUCUGGCACCUUGGUGUACGAAGUGCUCUGGGAAUUAUAUAUUUUCACGUGCAUGUAUAUUGUUUUUGGCUUAUUUAAAAUUUACACCAGUAUCACUCUGGUAAUGUUUGUGAUUUUUUGUUUAAUGAAAGUGAAAAAGCAAAUGUAAAUGAUGACGAGAUGAAAGAAAACAUUGACUUCUGUGUUACUGUAAAUGCAGCUUUAUGUGUAAUCCUGUACAGAGUUAUACCACAGCACUUUUGAAUACUUGAUUCUGAUUGGUCAG